AAAAAAAACCCGCGUCUUCUACAAAAUUCUUCAAAAAAAAAAAAAAAAACCCGGACACUUUUUCGUCUUCGCGUCGUCUCUUAGUAAAAAUCUGUUCUUCGCCAUUUCUUUUUUCUUUUUUGAUUUUCCGUUCAGUGGACAUUUUCAGUAAAAAUGUCUGCAGAUUUAUUAUCUGAAAGGCCUUUGUUCGGUGGAGCAAUCUCAACUACUUUUCCUCUUAGAUUUCAGGAUGUCAGUAACAUCAGGCAAGUUCCCGAUCAUCAGGAGGUUUUUGUGGACCCUGCACGUGAUGAGAGCUUAGUAUUUGAGUUACUAGAUUACAAGCAUGACGUUGGAGAUGAAGGGAGUGCUGUCUGGUUUAUUCAAGAUCUUGCCAUUGAACAAGAUGGUGAAGGAUUCACGCUGCUUGAGCGGUCAACAGUGGUUGAGGCUCCUGGGUUGUGUUACAACAACAUUCCAGCCAUUGUUACAACUGCAGUUGGCCAAAUGGCUGUUUCUAAGGGACGGCAAGGAAGAGAAGCUCAGAAUAUUAUCAAGGUCUAUCUUGCAAACAUACGUCUUAAGGAAGUAGGAACAGAUGUUCUGAUCACUGCAUAUGAGCCCAUCGUGAUAAAUCCAUUGAGUGAAAGCGCUAGUGCAGUUGGUGCAGGAUUAGCUAUUCCUGCGACGCAAUCUGGAUUCAUGCCGAUGGUUGAAAUCUUUAAACUAGCUGUUACAAACUUCAAAGUAAAUGACUGGGGCCUUUUUAGCCCUAGUGUUUGAGAUGCGCUAAAAGGCUGCUACUUGGCAGGAUCCCGAAUAAAGCAUUUCGUCCAAAACCCAGAAGGAUUCAUUUACAGAAAGAGAGGUUUAAUACUGUGAAACAGACCUCAUAUUUAGGCAGGUCGGAUCAAUGUGUCAUGGUACGUUAAUUUGAGUUCUAGAUUUUUUUGGGUUAUUUUAGAUUGGUUUAAUAUAACAUUUGGUACCUAAACUCAAUUAUUUUUCCUAAUUUGGUACAUAGACUUUUUUGUUUCAAUUUGGUACGUGAAUUUGAUACUUUUUUCUUAAUUUGGUAUCCAAAUUUGAUACUUAUUUUUAGUUGGGUA